AUCAAAUCCACGACGGCGGCAGCAUGGAGGAAGACACUGAAGUCCUCGACUGGGGCCAUGAAGACGACGAACAGACUGCUCAACGGUCGUCCGGCGACGGUCGCGACAACUGGCGCGACCGUGAGGACGCUGAAGACGCGGUCUCGCUCGGUGGCGACGAGGACGACAUGCAGAAUUUCUACGCCUACCAGCUGAACGAGCAGGACGCCUCAAAGGGCCAAGCGUCGACUCUGAAAUCGUCAUCGACCGCACAAGCUCAAAUACAACCUAGCAAGCGCGACCUUCAACGCGAGGCGUCUAGUGGCUCUGUCUCGCAGAAGCCACCUGCCUCGCAAUCGCAGGAGUCCGAUUCUACACAGCUAGGACGCUCUCAAUCUUUUGGGAAAUUAACCCACGCCCUUCCUCCCAAGCCCGUUGUCUCUGUUGAUCCUUACAUACAUCCCUCGCCAGCGACGACGAGCACUCUUGCGAGCUCAAUGGUUCAGCGCGAGCGCAGAACCAAUGGCUUCAAGUCAGCUUCAGCAGGCAACGGUGGUGAUCUCCCCGCCGACUGGGAGAUUAGGGUUCCUAGGAGUGGUGGCUCCGAGCACUACUACUACAAUGUCAAAACGCACGAGUCGACGUGGACUCGUCCGGGACCGGUGAGCGGCAAAUCGUCUCCCUCGAAGGAUAUAGAGAGCGGCAGUAUGCAGGCUAGAGACGGUAGAUCACCAGCUCGCAGCGGGACCAGCAACAAAGGGCGCGCUUCUUCCUCGGAAAGGCGCGCCAUAGCAGAGUCUGCACGUAAUGAAGCGAAGCGUAAGGUCUCUCCUGGAGGAGAGCUUUCAUAUGAAGAUCGCCACUACCGCCCCGGAGGUGCUGCAGGGCCAGAGGAACGUGGUGGUUCUGUACAGCCACUUUUCGCUGACGCAUCGCAUGCUGCCCCGCGACCCCCGUCACCGAAGAACUUCAACGAUCGUCGCCGUUCGCGAUCCCCUUCACCACCUGUACGACGCGAGCAUGAAUUGCAAGAUCGACCUGCCCGUCCACACAGAGAACCAACACCCACUAGAUCACCAAUUGACAAUGGUAUGUGGAGAGAGGGCGCAAGAGCUGCCCGCGAGCACCCUCAGUCACGGCAAGCAAACGUUCCUGAACGCGGCUGGGGUGCUAGGACAUCCAUGGUUCCAGACGCUGCGCCACUACCGCCACGCGAAGAGCGCCCUCGCGGUCGGCAGCCACGCAGUAAUUUCGACUUGCCUUCGCAACACGCGCCCCUGUCGAAGGAACAAAGCAUUCGCCACGAUGUGCAUGAGUGGCCGGCUUCCAGAAAUAGGUCGCCGCCUCCUCACCUCAGCGAACCGGUACCUGCCGUUCCACAACGCUUCUCACAAGGUCCACCUCCUGGAAAUCUGCAGCUGUCUGUGUCUCUACCUCCGCCCCCGGUGACGCGACACUCGAGUCGGUUCGACAGGCCUCAAAUGACAUCGGGCCUUCCACCAGCUCGAGGCCCGCCGCGCGACUAUGACGACUAUGUACUUGCUGACUCGAUUCCUCAAAGGAGGGCACGCGAAUUUGAAUCUGCAGAUGUACAUAUCGAGUCUGACUCCAAACGGCGUCGCACAGACACGGAGCACUCUCCUCGCCGAUCUCUGCCACCCGUGUCCUUGCCACAGCGUCCGCCUGCAGCCCCUUUCCCUUCGCAUCUCGAUGAAGGCGAUCAGUCACGUCUGCGUAGACGUCAGCCUCUCCCACCACAGAGCGCUCGUUUUCGUGAAGCUGCUACAGGCAUGCCCCCGGCUCCUAGGCCGUUGCCGCCUGCAUCUCUACCCACCAAUCCUGCUCGAGCGGGGAUACCAGAGCAUCUUUUUCGUCCUCCCCACGAUGAUAUCGAAGCUGCGCGACCUACUAACAUGCCUAGCGAAUUGCCGUCUGCACCUCGUAGGCAUGGGCCGCCGUCUUCGGAACGGUCACUGCAGACUUGGGGAUCAUCCGCGACUUCGGGCCGGCCUGGUAGCAGGAUCGACAACGCCCUUCCAACGCUUGUGCAUAGCAAAGCUUAUGCCAUUCAGGGUGAGCGGGACACAUCGGAGGUUGAUCGCCUGCCGUAUAGGAUGUCCACUCACCAAAUAAACGAUGGGCCUGCAAGAGCUAAUGCAGGCAUGUAUGCUGACCGAAUAAGCUCAGAGUCGCAGAUAGAUAUGCCUCCGAGAGGGCCGAGAGCUAUGGCAAGCAGAGGCAGUUCUCAUGCGUCAUACACGCCUCCUGUAACCUCGCCUCUCGUUUCUCCGGGUGCGUCUCACGCCAGCCUACGACCUAUGCAUCAGCCGGAGCCGCAUCCGUUGCCAGCAAGGCCAAGGGAGCGACAGCCACCGCAUCAGCAUAUCAACGAGGGGUGGGGAGAGCGUCGUGACUGGCAAGACGCGCCUCCGGCAUAUUCGCAGAGUGCAGUCCAGGAUGUAGGCGUACCCCCUCGAAGGUUCGGUAAUGGCCGCAACACAUCGUACGAUCGAGUACCCGACAGGCAGGAGAGACUGUUACAUGACGCCUUCGAAGCGAAGCAGCAGGUUACUAUGAUUUGAUCCCUUCGUUGCAUCUAUCGUUCUCAUACCGACUCCACCGCUCAUCCAGACUGUGAUGCACGAACCUCCUCCUCGAUACACGCAUCGCCCUGCUGAAGGUCCUGUUCAACCGCCGCUUCCCGUCUCGGGUACCAAUAAUAUUCCCA